GAAUUUUUUGUCUAUCUAAGAUGCAUCUUGAGAAAGGUGGGACGAGCGUCCUUACUCCGGGUGUAAUCUAUCCCCGAGGGUUUGAGAGGAGAGGGUUGGGACCUCUUCCUGUACACCUGGAGAGACGGAGAAGAAUAUAUUUAUCUCAACCAGAUCUGCUAGAUCAAAAACCAAAUGUUCAAAGAAAAUACUUGGGAAGAUUUGGGAGCAACCUGGAUCUAAGUAUACAGAAACCCCGGAAUUCUCCGAUCCUUGCGAUCUCAACCAGAACCCAGAGAAAGGACUCCAACCGGGACCCGGAGAAGGUUGAGAAAAUGGUAAUAAUCCAGUGUGAAAGAUUAACUGAUGAGAGGGAGCAGGAGCAGGUUGAGAUUGAGAUCCCUCUCUCCGUGUACAACAAUAUGCAGGCGCACAGUCGGAACCCGGGGCUCAGGCUCAGGGUAGCCGGGAGAGCAGGGAGAACUGGGCUGGUUCAUAGGAUCAAGAAACUUUUUGAAAAGGAUUAAAAACUAAAAUUUGAUAGGUUCAAAGAUUCAAUAAUUCUUUACAAUUCGCUGUUUUCUCCUCUGCUUUUCAUUCUUUCUCAAACUAUCAUUCAAACUUUAAAUUGUAAAUAGAUACAUUCUCCAAAUCAGGGAUGUACGCAGGGUUUUUCCAGAGGGGGGGGGCUUCAAAUAUAUGAAGAUUUAAAAUUGAAUAAUUAAGAUUUAAACAUUUUUAUAUCUAUCAUUCAUUGUGUGUGUCGUUUUUUUUACGAAAACGUAACAUGUCACAUUAUUAAACUGUUUCCAAAAAUAAUUAAAACUAUUUUAUCAAGUCUUGAAUUGAAUUCAUAACUACAGUUGGACCCGAAAAACUAUUAAAUAGGAAGACGACUUACACUCAUAAUAUGUUGGCAUAUAUAAUAACAUUAAAUAUAUACACGUAUUGUACUGCUUGUCUAUCAAAUUCCUAUUUCGUAGUCAGGGGCGUAGCCCCUCCCUGAAAUUUCGAGUCAAAAAAUGUUCCCAAUUUUAUAAAUCGAAUGUGUUUUUCAAUUUCAAGCUUUUUUAUUUAAUUGAAAUCUUGACUU